CCCCUCCGAUUGUGAGCUGGCCCCCACAUUCCUCCUCCUUUUCGUUUUAUUUAUUUUCCACCGUUAGCUUUCAACUUCUACAUUUACUUCGUUCCAUCUAAGUUUUUUGGUGGACUUCAACUUUCUUUUUUUUCACGAUUUAAUUCCGAGGUCGGUGUUCUUUCCUGUGUUUUUUCUCUCGAGCAAGCAGAAGAUCGCUAGAGGGAUCCCCGGUGAUCGGUCUUUCUUCUUUUUAGCUCUCCAUUUCUUGAUCUGCUUAACUUUUCUAGAUCUCUAAGCUUCAGAUUCUACGUGUUGUCUGCUAAAGAGAUGAAAAUUACGGAUCAAGUGGUGAGGGAAGUGCUGCAAGGUUCCUGCGAUGAGGUAGGCAAAAUCUCACCCUGAUGUAAAAAUGGAGUUUCAUCCAAUGCAUUGGAGAUUUGAGACAAAGAAAAUAAUCUUAGUCAUAGCAAUUGUGACUACUGCUGGUGCCGUACUUCAGACUUGUUCACUUCCUCAUCCAGCAGCAUUUCGGCCUCUGUUCUCUGUAAUUACAGUUACUACAUUUGAGACUCCAAACAACACAACACGGAAGAGUGGAACUGUGCCUUCUAAUGUUAGAGAUGAACAACUGCCUGCAGUAUCGUUUCCAGUGAACCAGCCUGCAGACCAGGCCACACGGGUAGCACCUCAGGCAAUUACUUUGUUCAAUUCCACUAUAUCUAACACAACAAGUGUUACAAGCCCCAAUACGCCACCAAGCGAUGAUGGUCUUAGAGUGUCAGAUUUUGCUGAACCUGUUUCAGAAAUUGUUUAUGAGAAUAACGGUACUGCUAAAAAUUCCAGUAAACAGGAAGCUUCUGGCUCUUCGUUGGCACAAAAUAUUCUGGAAGGUUCAAGGAUGUCCAAUUCACGCUCCAAUUUCAUUCCAAUAGGUGCAAAUAGGAAUAAAACAAUCCGUCCGAAGAAUGACAUACCAAAGUCGAAGCUGAAAGCACCUACAGCGUUGUCUUUUCCUAAACGUACUCGGGCAGAUUCUCGUACAAAGAAUGAAGUGGGAUUUAUGCCCCCAGAUCAGGCUCUUCUAUAUGCCAAGCACGAGAUUCAAAAUGCCCCUAUAGUUACAGAUGAUCCUGAUCUGCACCCACCAAUAUUCCGAAAUGUUUCAACCUUCAAAAGGUCCAUUCCAAAUACUCAGCAUUUUAAACAGAGCUAUGAGCUCAUGGAAAAGAUACUUAAAGUUUACAUAUACCCAGAUGGAGAGAGACCAAUUUUCCAUACACCAGAGCUGAAAGGAAUUUAUGCAUCUGAAGGAUGGUUUAUGAAAUUGAUGGAGGAGAACAGACAAUUCGUAGUGAAGGACCCAGAGAAGGCACACUUGUUUUACUUACCUUAUGGCUCUCAUCAGUUAGAGCUAGCUUUGUAUGUUCCUAAUUCGCACAAUAUGCGCCCACUUUCUAUCUAUCUGAGGGACUAUGUGAAUACAAUUGCAUCAAAGUACCGGUUCUGGAAUCGAACAAGAGGAGCAGAUCACUUUCUUGUCGCUUGCCAUGACUGGGGUCCAUACACUACGAAGGAACACGAAGAACUUUGUCAUAACACCAUAAAGGCCCUUUGCAACGCCGAUCUGUCAGAAGGGUUUUUCGUUCGUGGGAAAGAUGUCUCACUCCCGGAAACCACUAUCCGCACUCCAAAGAGACCCCUCAGAUACCUUGGUGGAAGACCUGUAUCCCAGCGGUCAAUCCUUGCUUUCUUUGCAGGAAACAUGCAUGGACGAGUACGGCCAGUACUUCUAAAGUAUUGGUCUGAUAAAGAUGAAGACAUGAAAAUCUAUGGACCUCUACCAAAUCGAGUUUCUAGACAGAUGUCCUAUGUUCAGCAUAUGAAAUCAAGCAAGUUUUGUAUUUGCCCUAUGGGUUAUGAGGUUAACAGCCCAAGGAUAGUUGAGGCAAUUUACAAUGAGUGUGUUCCUGUGAUAAUAGCAGACAAUUUUGUGCUACCUUUUGAUGACAUUUUAAAUUGGAGUGAAUUUUCAGUGGUUGUGGCAGAGAAGGACAUACCCAAGUUGAAGGAUAUUCUUAUGGCUAUUCCUCUUAGGAGGUACAUUGCUCUGCAGAAGAAUGUUAAGCAAGUGCAAAAACAUUUCUUAUGGCACAGCAAACCUGUCAAAUAUGACAUCUUCCACAUGAUUUUGCAUUCUGUAUGGUUCAACAGAUUGAACCAAAUUCAAUCUUGAUUACCCUUUCACAGUGUCCAUCUUUCAGUUUGAUAGUUCUUCAGAGUGGAAGAGGACUAUCGUUACACAUCUUGGAUCGCAGAAUUAGCUGACGAAUAUGGAGGUUGUACAGGGGAAUCAUACUUGACAGGGGCGUGGAGUCUACAGGCUUCCUCUUUACUUUAAGGCCUGGUGGCCAUGCUUUAUGUGAUGACAAGAUCAUGGUAGAUGGAAGUGAGAUCAGGGCCUGGUGUUUCAGGUACAAAAUGCCGUGAUCCAUAGUCACUGGCUGAGUUGUCAUUCUGUUGCUCAUGUUACACCAACAAGGAAGUCUGUCGGCCUGGUGGUUUUGCACACCAGGUCAGCUGCAUCUGACCUGGUCUAUAGUCAUGAGACGGCCAGGUAAAUCAUUCCAACUUCCUGUUAUUUUGUACAAAAGGAAAAAAAUUUGAUAUAAAUUAUAAUCCAGUUUUUCAUUGUGUCCUCACAAGCUUCCAUGUUCUCACUUUAUGGUCGAUGAGGGUGAUCAUCCAGAGAAUUUAUUUCAACACUAUGAACACAUCGGCGAGGUAAUGGUUGGAACAACUCCCUUUAUCUCCCCUUAUGUAUGCUCGUAAGAGAUAAACAGUUUCUUUUGAGCAUUCGCGGCAGAGAUAAGGAGUUAUUUGACUGUUCCAUAAUUGGUUGGUUGUAUAUGUGUUUGUGUGUACAAAUUCUUAGAACUCAGUUCAAAGAUAUAGACCCUUUCAGUAA